GGCAUGGCGGCCAUGAGCCUGCUACUGAGGGCAGCAGCUGCCUGGGGAGCGCAGCGAGCGGCCAGUGGCGCGGCGGCCGGCGCUCGCCUCUCCUGGCUCACCGGAGCCGCCCGCCUCCCCAGCACCGUUGCUCCUGUACGACAUAGCAGUGGCCAUGGGAAGAAAAUGUUUAUUAUCAAGCCAACAAGUUUUUAUGAUACUCGAUUUCUGAACAUGUUGAGAUUCUAUGUAUUUCUGACGGGAAUACCAGUGCUACUGUUCAUAACGUAUGUCAACAUCUUCAUUGGUGAAGCUGAACUUGCGGAGAUUCCCGAAGGUUACGUUCCAGAGUACUGGGAAUACUACAAACACCCUAUAAGUCGCUGGAUAGCUCGUUACCUCCUUGAUCCCCCGGAAAAAGACUAUGAGAAAGAGAUGGCUAUACUUCAUGUUGAAGCAAAGAAGGCUGAAAUGAGGCACAUGGAGUUGGAGGCACGCAGACUGAUGAGACAGAGGGGAGAUGGACCUUGGUAUCAUUAUGAAACACCUGAUAAAAAUCUUGUUGACAAUUCUAUGAAAUCCACACCUGACAAUUAGUUUGAAGAUAGUAUGGGUAUCCUAAAUGGAUACUGACAAAUUGUGUUUGAGCUACCUGAUACAAAUCCUGCUGUUUUCUGAUGGCAUAAUAAACAAUACUUGUAUUGAUUCUGAUAAUUUGAAACAAA